AUGCCGAUCGGAUGCGCCACGCCGCAACCCCAUUGGAGCGCUUGCAAUAUCGACGGCGCACACAAGUUCUUGCUCCAGCGGCUCUGCGGAGGUUCGGAAGCCUCGCUGCGUUGGGCCUGCCGAACAACCACCGCUCCCGCUGCAAGCCACACCGCUCGGCUACACUGCCGCGGCCAGCCUCGUUCGGCCCCCGCCCAAUUGUCGGACCGACCGACCGACCCCGGCCGUCCCUUCGUCGAUCGACUUUCUUACACCCCGAUUCCCGAUAUCGCCAGGCACGCCCACCAUCCUUCUCAUCCACCUUCAUCCAUCCCGCUCCUUCAUCCAUCCCGCUCCUUCAUCCCGGCCACACCAGCCACUUUCCGAUCCGACUCUCCUACACUUCCCAAGGCACUGGAUUCCACGGCAGCAUCCGCACGUUGCCCCCACAAGAACGCGCCUCGAGUCAAACAACGCACAUCCGUCAUGUCGGGCAAAUUCCGUCUUCAUCCUGAACCAGGCACUGAACGUCACGCUCCGUUCCGUCUGGGCUCUGCCAUCUACAACACGAUCAGGACGGGUGGACUCGGGUCGGGACUGCUCGUUCCGCACGUGCUGCUUCCGAUCUACGGCAUCUAUGUGGUGACGCACCGCUCGGGAUACUGGACGCCCGAGUUUGAGCGCGGAUUGACCUUUGCGAUUGCGCUUCUGCAGGGCGUGUCGUUCGGCUCGGCGAUUGCGCUGUCCAUCGUGCGAUACAGCGCAUCGGGCAAGGCGAUCAAGGGACGACGCAUCGAAAAGACGGCGACGGACAGCGAGGAAAGCUCGCAGCACCGCAUCGAGGUCGCCCUUCGCGCAUCCAUCUACCUGUUUGUCGCGACGAUGCUGUGGGAGUACCUCGUUCACUCCAAGUUCUCGCCCAUCACAGACGAGCAGGCGCGCCACACCUCGUCCGGAUUCCUCACAGCCACCGGCCCGCUGCGAAGGUUCCUCAGCAACGAGAGCAUCCUGCCCCAGCCGGACGAGGUUCGCGACCAAGUGUCGGGACUGGGACUCAACUUGGAGGGCAAGGCAAACGACCUGCAUAACGCCAUCAAGAACUCGCCGCGCAUCCACGUGCCCGGCACUCAGGCACCACCCAAGAGCCUCUUCCUCCGCGCCUACCAGAAGGUUUGGUACUCGGUCACCGGCGGCCCCAGCGGCCUCAACCUCGGCCUGUUUGAGAUCGGUCCCAACAUCCGAAACUAG